CUCUUCCUUGGUGUUGCCCUCUCAUCUCUAUGGCCUGGCUCUGGCCCUGCCUUGCACAGGCCAUGCUCUGCCCUGCGUGUCCCAGCCUGGGCCCAGCCCUGGUCCUACCAUAUUCCUGACCCCAGCCGUACCCUUGUUCUGAACCUGACCCUGCCCUGGCUCUCUCCUGGUCCUUCCUUGGUCCUGCCCUGCCCUUCCAUGCCCUGGCCUUGCCCUCACCCUGCAUUGGUCCUGCACUGGUCCUUCCCUGCCCUGGCACUGCCUUGGCCCCGGCCCUGCCUUCUCCCUGGCCUUGCCCUUGCCCUGCCCUGGCCUGACCCCAGGCCUACCGAGUCCAUGAAAUGGCCCUGGACCUGCCUUGCCAUCGUCUGUCCUGGCCCUGUAUUGUCCCCACCAUGCUCUGGUCCAGCGCUUGCCCUGGCCCUGUUGCUAGUCCUGCCACUGCUAUGGCCCUGCCCUGUUUUUGGCCAUGCCCUGUGCUACCCUAGCCCUGCCCUGCCUUGGCCUUGGCCCUACCAUGGCCUUCUCCUACCCUGGCCUGGCCCUACACUGGCCUUUUCUACGCUGGCCUUGCCCUGCCCUGGCCUUGCCCUGCCCUGGCCUUGCCCUGCCCUGGUCUUGCCCUGCCCUGGCCUUGCCCUGCCCUGGCCUUGCCCUGCCCUGGCCUUGGCUUUGCCUUAUCCUGUUGCUGGUUCUGCCCUUUCCCUGCCCUUGCUCUGGAUCCUCUCUGGUUCUGCCUUCUCCCUGGCCUUGCCCUUGCUCUGCCCUGUCCCUGGCCCAGCCUUGACCCUGACCCUGGCCCUGACAAUCCCCAGGUCCCACACUGGCCAUGCUUGGCCCUGGCCCCUCCUUUGGCCCUGCCCUAGCCCUGCCUUGGCCCUGAGCUAUCUUAGUCCUGCCCUGGCCCUGAACUCGCCAUGGGCCCUACCCUCACCCUACACUGGCCCUGCCCUACCCUGGCCUUGCCCUUGCCCUGGACCCUCCCUGGCCAUGUUUUCUCCAUGGUCCUUCUCUGGCCUUGCCCUUGCCUUGUCCCCUUUCUGGUACUGCCAUGUUUCUGGCCCUGCCCUGUCCAUGUCCUGUGCCUGACUCUGGCCCUGGACCUCCCUGUCCCUGCCCUGCCAUACCCUGGCCCAUUCCUUGCUCUACACUGACCCUGCCCUGCCUUGGCCCUCUGCUACCCUAGCCCUGCCCUGGCCUUCUGGCCGUGAUCCUGCCAUGGCCCUUGGCCCUGCCAUUUCCCUGCCCUGGCCCUGGUUCUGCCCUGAUUCUGGCCCUGGCCUUGGUCCUCUCAUGUCCCUGGCUGUGACCCUGCCCCUGGUUUUUCUCUGGCCAUGACCCUGCCCCAGUUCUGUCCUAGCCCUGGCCCUGUCUCAGUUCUGUCCUAGCCCUGGCCCUGUCUCAGUUCUGUCCUAGCCCUGGCCUUUCAGAGUACUUUAUGCUUAGUAAGGGCUCCAUAGUGUCUGUGAGUUAAAUGUUGUGCUCAUAAUAUCUGCCAAAACAGAAAGAAAAAAACCAAAAUCUGAUGAUGAGAAGUUAAAGCUUUGUGUAUAAUAUGCCUUGAAUUGUAAGCACCUGUUAUUAGUUGUAUUACAUAUAGGUCAGGGUUUUGUACACAUAACUCCAAACCAUUGAUACUGUUAAAAGAAUAUAUGAAUAUAUGAAAAAAUGUAUAAACGUAAGAAUGUAUGAGUAUCUAAUGACCUUUCCAAAUUAAUUUUUAUUUUUAGCUCUAUUAGAUUUUUCUCAGUGUAACAAAUGUUUAUUCCUAUGUAAUUAGGGGCAUAUUUCCUUUACAGAAUAUUCAUAUUACCUAAUUGAAAAUUAUAUGAUACAAAAAUAUAAUACUAUUUUUAGGCCAGGCAUGGCGGCUCAUACCUGUAAUCCCAACAUUUUGAGAGGCAAGUUUGGAGAAUCAUUUGAGUCCAGGAGUUGACCAGCCUGGGCAAUACAGUGAGACCUUAUCCUUAUUAAAUAAAUAAAUAAAUAAAUAAAUAAAUAAAUAAAUAAAUAAAUAGGUUGGGCAAUGUGGCUCAUAUCUGUCAUCCCAGCAUUUUGGGUUGCCAAGGCAGGAGGAUUGCUUGAGCCCAGGAGUUUGAGACCAGCCUGGGCAGCAUAGCAAGACUCCAUCUCUACAAAUAAUAAAAUAUUAACCAGGUGUGGUGGUGUGCACCUGGGGUCCCAGCUACCUGGAGGCUAAGGUGGGAGGUUUGCUUGAGGCUGCAGUGAACUGUGACUGCACCACUGCAUUCCAGCCUAGGCCACAGAACAGGACCUUGUCUAUAAAUAAAGAAAUAAGUAAAAAUAGAAAUAAAAAUAAGUAGAAAGAAAUAUAAGUAAAUAUAAAUAUAAAUACAUAUAAAUAUAAAAAUGAAUGCAUUAAAACAAACAAUUUUUAAAUUUAACAUCACUGAGGGCAUCCUAUCCAUUUCAUUUCAUGAUUCCAUUACAUCAUUUCACUUAGAUGAAAUGAUAAGAUGACUUGAGAUGAGAUGAAAUGACGAAAUGAUGAGAUAAGAUGAGAUGAAAUUUUGAGAUGAAAUGGUGAGUAGAAAUGAUGAGAUGAAAUGAUGAGACAAAAUGAGAAAAUUAAAAAGAAAUUGAAAGGAGAUGAGAUGAGAUGAAAUGAUGAGAUGAUGGAUGAAAUGAUGAGAUGAAACGAGAUGAAAUGAUGAGAAUAAAUGAUGAGAUGAAAUGAAAUGAAAUAAUGAAAUGAUAUGAAAUAAUGGAAUUGAAAUGAGACGAGAUGAUAUGAGUUAAAAUGAUGAGAUGAAAUGAGAUGAACGAUGAGAUGAAAUGAUGAAAUGAGAUGAGAUGAUAAGAUGAAAUGAUGAGAUGAAAUGAUGAGAUGAAAUGAGAUGAAAAAUGAGAUGAAAUGAGAUGAAAUGAAAUAAUGAAAUGAGAUGAAAUAAUGAAAGGAAAUUAUGAAAUGUAAUGAUGAAAUUGAAAUGAGAUGAGAUGAAAUGAUGAGAUGAAAUGAUGAAAUGAAAUGAUGAAAUGAGAUGAGAUGAAAUGAUGAGAUGAAAUGAGAUGAUGGGAUGAAAUGAUGAGAUGAAAUGAGAUGAAAUGAGGUGAAAUGAUGAGAUGAAAUGAAAUGAGAUGAAAUGAGAUGUAAUGAAGUGAGAUGAAAUGAAAUGACAUAAUGAAAUGAAAUAAUGAAAUGAGAUGAAAUAAAAUAAUGAAAUGAUGAAAUGAAAUGAUGAAAUAAUGAAAUGGAAAUGAAAUGGAAACGAUGAGAUGAGAAGAAACGAUGAGAUGAAAUGAUGAAAUGAUGAGAUGAGAUGAAAUGAUGAGAUGAAAUGAAAUUAAAUGAUGAGAUUAAAUGAUGAGAUGAGAUGUGAUGAAAUGAGAUGAAAUGAUGACAUGAUAUGAUGACGUGAAAUCAGAUGAAAUAAUGAGAUGAAAUGACGAGAUGAAAUGACGAGAUGAAAUGAUGAGAUGAUAUGAUGAGAUGAGAUGAAAUGAGAUGAAAUGUGAUGAGAUGAAAUGACAUAAUGAAAUGAAAUAAUGAAAUGAAAUGAAAUGAUGAAAUGGAAUAAUGAAAUGGAAAUGAAAUGGAAAUGAUGAGAUACAAUGAGUUGAAAUGAUGAGAUGAAAUGAUGAAAUGAUGAGAUGAAAUGAUGAGAUGAGACGAGAUGUGAUGAAAUGAUGACAUGAAAUGAUGACAUAAAAUGAGAUGAAAUAAGAUGUAAUGAUGAAGUGAGAUGAGAUGAAAUGAGAUGAAAUGAUGAGAUGAGAUGAAAUGAGAUGAGAUGAAAUGAAAUGGUGAGAUAAAAUGAUGAUAUGAAAUGAUGAGAUGAAUGAUGAGAUGAAAUGAUGAGAUGAGAUGAGAUGAUGAGAUGAAAUGAUGAGAUAAACUGAUGAAAUGAAAUAAUGAGAUGAAAUGAAAUAAUGAAAUGAAAUUUAAAUAAAAUUGAAAUGAAAUGAGAUGAAAUGAUAAGACAAAAUGAUGAAAUAAAAUGAUGAAAUGAUGAGAUGUGAUGAGAUGAACUGAUGAGAUGAAAUGAGAUGAGAUGACAUGAAAUAAUGAAAUGAAAUAAUGAAAUGAAAUUGAUAUGAGAUGAGAAGGUAUGAGAUGAGAUGAAAUGGUGAGAUGAAAUGAUGAAAUGAUGAGAUAAGAUGAAAUGAGUUGAUGAGAUGAUGAGAUGAAAUGAAAUGAAAUGAUGAGAUGAACUGAGAUGAAAUGAAAUUAGAUGAAAUGUAAUGAGAUGAAAAGACAUAACGAAAUGAAAAAAUGAAAUAAUGAAAUGAGGUGAAAUUAGAUGAUGAAAUUAAAUGAUGAAAUGAUGAAAUGGAAAUGAUGAGAUGAGAUGAAAUGACGAGACGAAUGAUGAGAUGAAAUGAUGAGAUGCAAUGAUGAGAUGAAAUGAUGAAAUGAUGAGAUGUAAUGAUGAGAGGAAAUGAGAUGUAAUGAAAUGAGGUGAAAUGAAUGAGAUGAAAUAAAAUAAUGAAAUUGAAUUGAGAUGAGAUGAGAUGAAAUGAUGAGAUAAAAUGAUGAGAUGAAAUAAAUGAUGAAAUGAUGAAAUGCUGAGGUGAGAUGAGAUGAAAUGAGAUGAAAUUAUGAGAUGAAAUGAUGAGAU